UUUUUUUUUUUCAACAAUGCUUUCUGCAGCAAAUCGCGCAGCUUCUUGUUCUUGUUUUUGUUCUUCUGCUUCUGCCUCUGCUGCUGUUUCAGCUGUCGCGCGCGCGGCGUUGCUGCGAUCACUGUCAUCAUCAGCAGCAGCAGCAACAUCAUCAGCAGCAGCAACCACCACCACCAGACUCGGCUCGACCUCAGCCCACAGUGGUGCUCGCUGUCUUGGCGCUCGCCCGAUGCUGCUGAUGACGCCAGGCCUCGCCGCGUCGCCAGCACGAACGACAUCCGCCGCUGCUGCUGCUGCGCGCUUCCACUCUGCAUCAACAUCCGCAGUGAACUCGCGCGCGAGCAUGAGCAUGAGCAGCAGGUCUGCCCUCCAGUCCACUGCUGCUCUCGCUGCAUUGCAGCAAACACCCGCAUCCUCGUCCCCGUUCCUCCUCCUCUUGCAUCACCAUCAGCAGCAGCAGCAGCAGGGCGUCAGACACUUCUCGGCAGGAUCCAUGUUCCGCAUUGCGCUGGGCCGCAUCUCGCUCAUCAGCGCCGGCGGGGCUGCCAUCGGGGCGUCCGCGCUCAAGGGCUACGAGUCGUUCAAGGCGUCCCUGCCAGACAUGCCUGCGCUCGAUGCGCUCUCAAACAUGCUGUCAGACUCGGCGGACACGGCGGCGUCGUGGCUCUCGGGCGUCCGCGACACGUUCUCCACGCGCGGGGUGCCGCAAGACCCGUCGCACACGCACCAAUACGACUCGUCCUCUGGCGGCGAUGGCGGCGCUGGAGCAACCCCGCCACCGCAGCAAGGGAACACGACUGCAGCGGCCAUCGCGGCGGGGGCUGCGGCUGCAGGAAGCGACGAGGAGACGCAAAAGCGCAACCUGGAGCGACUGCUUGCCGCGGAAGAGGCCGUCAAGGCGGCGCUCGCCCAAGUCCAGCAGCUGCUCGAGGUGGACAAGAAGCGGCUCGCAGAGAUUGAGCAGCUCCAGCUCAAGCUCGAGGCCGCCGAGGUGCAGCGCCGUGCGGACGUCGACGCCGAGCGCGUCAAAAUGGACGGCGAGAUUGCCCUCCUGCAAAAGGAGGUCGACGACAAGACGCGCGAGCUGAUGGACACGCAGCAACGUCUGCAGCGCGAAAUUGACACGCUGGAAAAGUCCAACCAGGAGCUCCGAACAAGCUACCUGCACCUCAAGCAGACGGGCGCGACGCUUUCCGGCGGCCUGUCGUCCGCCACCGGUGGAAAGCGCAGCACGAUUGAAAUGUACUCGGACGUGCUCGACCUCUUGGCCAAGACGGACAAGAACUUUUCCGUGCACGACAACCUGCCUCGCGUGGUCGUCGUCGGCGACCAGAGCGCAGGCAAGACCUCGGUGCUCGAGAUGAUUGCGCAGGCGCGCAUCUUCCCGCGCGGCGGCGGCGAAAUGAUGACGCGCUCGCCAAUCCAGGUCACCCUGAGCGAGGCUCCGCAGCGCCGCGCCCAAUUCAAGGGGAGCACGCGCGAGUACGACCUCACCAGCGAGGACGACCUUGCGGCCUUGCGCAACGAAAUCGAGUCGCGCAUGCGCAGCAGCGUCCAGCCAGGCAACACGGUCAGCAAGGAGACCAUUUCGCUCAGCGUGCGCGGUCCCCGCAUGCCUCGCAUGGUCCUGGUCGACUUGCCUGGCAUCAUUAGCCACGUCACGGCAGGCAUGGCGCACGAGACGCGCGACGACAUUUUGAACAUGUGCAAGUCGCACAUCCACAACCCCAACGCCAUCAUUCUGUGCAUCCAGGACGGCUCCAUCGACGCAGAGCGCAGUUCCGUCGCAGACGUCGUUGCGGGUGUCGACCCCAAGGGCGAGCGCACCAUCUUUGUGCUGACCAAGGUUGACUUGGCCGAAAAGCUCAACACCUCCCCCGAAAAGAUCAAGCGCAUUCUCGACGGCCGCAUCUUCCAAAUGAACGCACUGGGCUACUUUGCCGUCAUCACAGGCAAGGGCAACACCGAGGACACCAUUGACGACAUUCGCAAGUACGAAGAGGACUACUUUUUGACUUCCAAGCUGUUCAAGAGCGGUGCUCUGAAAGCCAACCAGACCACCACUGGCAAUCUCACCCGAGCCGUUCAGAAGGAGUUUUGGCGAAAAGUUCGCUCGUCGAUUGAACGUCAAACCGAGCUUAUCAAGGCGGAUCUUUACAAUAAGGAGACGGAAUGGCGCAAUACUUUCAAAGGCCGUGUCAUGAGCCGAGACGAGCUUUUCCAGCUUGCAAAACACGACAUUCUGGAAAACGUUGCCACAUUCGGCAAGAUCGGAGCCAAAGAAUGGGAGCAAAUGCUGUUCGAAAAGAUGUGGGAGAACAUUCGCCCUCAAGUGGUCGACAGCAUUUAUCUUUCAUCAGCUCGCUCGCGCGACGCCGCCGAGUUCAAGACGAAGAUGGACGUGCAGCUCGUCAAGUGGGCACGCACCAUCCUUCCAGGCCAAUCCGUGGAGAUGGGCCGGAGCACGCUCAUGACCGAGUUUACCCGAAUUCUGCAGGCUGGUAUCGUCAAGCUGUUUGCUGACAGCGAGGACGUCUUCGGCAAGCUCAAGGUCGAGGUGGAGCAGCGCUCCCGCAACUCGCACGCGUGGGGCAAUGAUGUCGUGGAAAACCUGGCCGUCAUUCAGCAAAACGCACUGGUUGACGAGGAUAUUACCAAUGCCGACACUUGGCGCGCGGCCAUCUCGUUCAUGCACAGCACCUUGUUGCAGUAUGCGCAAGUCCUGGACAAGCAGUCACAUGAGCUGUUCGGUCCUGGGCGAACCGAAAGCUGGACCCGGUGGACGAGCGCGACGGCGCAACAAAAGCGACAGAAGGCCAUUCGAGACGAGCUCCUGUCCUUCCUCAGCAGCCACAAGACCUGGCUCCACAAGUUUGAGCUUGAUCGGGACGAGCUUGCCACCAUUCGCAACAAUGUCAAGCGCAACCAAAAGCUCGAAGUGAACGACGAAGCGAUUCGAGACAUUUUCGCUGUCGUCUAUCGAGACGCUUUUGUGAAGCGAGGUGUUGAGGCAGCGUCGUAUUGCAGCAGCCGAUUCGGCCAGCCCUAUGAUAAAAACCAAGCACCAAAUGACCUGCAGUGCCGCGACGUUGUUCUCUUUUGGCGCGUGCAAGAAAUGCUCAAGACCACCAGCAAGACUCUUCGACAGCAAGUGAUGCUCCACAAAAGCAAACUCGAGCGCGAAGUCAAGCAGGUUCUCGAGACCAUCUCCACAGACACUGACGCCAAGCGCACCCUCGUCACCGGCCGCCGCGUUGAUUUGGCCGAGCAAAUCGAAGUGACGCGAUUCAUCUACCAACAACUAGAAAAGUUCAUUUCCGAGCUCAACAAGGAGCGGCCUCAGUGAAAGAGGACGUCGCUCCUUCUGCAUUGUUCCUCAUGUUUUGAAUUCGUGCUCUUCUUUGAAUAGUGUCUUUUUGUGUGUGUGUGUGUGUGUUUUUUUUUUUGUUGUUGUUGUUGUUGUUGCUCUCCUUUCAUAAACCUUGAUUUCAUUCUC